UCUUUCAUCUUUUUUAAUUUCAGGGAAUGACUGUUGCCAUAUUGGGGCCCACAUUUCCAGACCUGGCGCAAAAUGUGAACCGGAACAUCAGCAGCCUUUCGGAAAUAUUCGUGGGCCGGGCCCUCGGCUACUUGUGCGGCUCUGUGGCUGGAGGGGUGCUUUUCGACUGUAUGAAUCACUUCUUACUUUUGGGGAUGGCAAUGUUGGCUACCACAAUUGGUCUUUAUCUUGUUCCUUUCUGCAAGAGAGCAACAUUACUGAUUGCCAUGAUGUCUGUGUUUGGUGUUUCAUUUGGCGCUCUGGAUACAGGUACAAAUGUCCUCAUCUUGGCUCUUUGGGGAGACAAAGGAGCCCCACACAUGCAGGCCUUGCACUUCAGUUUCGCCUUGGGUGCCUUCCUGGCUCCCCUGCUGGCUAAGUUGGCCUGGGGUACAACAGCAUCCACUCAGAACCACACAGAGUCCGACUUAGACCCUCUAAUGCUGAACCGAUCCUCUGAAGCCAGUCCAGACUCACUGUUUGCCGUACCCGAGGACAUGAAUCUGCUGUGGACGUAAGCUUCCAUUGGCACCUAUGCGCUAGUGGUUUCUGUCUUUCUGUUUGGUCUGUUUUGUAAGAAACGCUCAAGACAGAAAAAAUCUGCAGCAUCUGGUCAAAGAGUUCGAAGAGCGAAGUAUCACAGGGCCCUGCUCUGCCUUCUCUUCAUCUUCUUCUUCUUUUAUGUUGGAGCAGAGGUGACCUACGGCUCUUAUGUAUUCUCCUUCGCCACCACCCAUGUUGGCAUGAAAGAAAGUGAAGCAGCCGGCUUGAACUCCGUCUUCUGGGGGGCCUUUGCAGCCUGCAGGGCCCUGGCCAUCUUCUUUGCUACAUUCUUACAGCCUGGAACCAUGAUUGUGUUGAGCAACAUUGGCAGCCUUGCUUCAUCUUUCUUUCUGGUGCUUUUUGACAAGAACCCUCUCUGCCUCUGGAUCGCGACUGCUGUGUAUGGAGCCUCAUUGGCAACCACAUUUCCCAGUGGAGUUUCCUGGAUUGAGCAGUACACCAGCUUAACUGGGAAGUCUGCAGCAUUCUUUGUAAUUGGUGGUACCCUGGGAGAAAUGGCGAUUCCCACAGUCAUCGGAAUUCUUCAGGGACACUACCCAGACCUGCCAGUGGUUCUGUACGUCUGUUUUGCAUCAGCCAUCUUCACUGGAGUUUUAUUUCCCGUGAUGUAUAAAUUAGCAACUUUACCGCUGUAAUGUGAAAAAAAAGAAAACAUUUCAGGGGGUCAGAACACUUUGUAAGUCUGACCAUAAAGAAAAGGAUAAACGCGAAGAUGGAGGGGAGAAAAUGAAUGAAUGAAUGAAUUUUGAAGCUGUUGAACCAUGCAAUGAGGCACGCUGUAGUUGUCUGGGAACAUUUGAUGGUCCCCACAGUUGCUGUCCUCACCAAUACCUCUCACGUGCAUUGAUUUGGAUAAACAGUUUGGUAAUCCUCUGUGGAAUGCUGUGUUCAUUUCUUGUGACUGUGACCAAUAUUUGACAAGAAACCAAAGAAGGGCUUUUGGGGCUCACAGUUUGAGGGUACACUCUACCAUGGAGGGGCAGGCAUGGUUGUAAAAUGUUCCCUUCAUGUAUCAGGAGUGUGGAGCCGGGAACCGUAUUACAUUUUGACAAAACAGGAAGUAAAGAGGGACCAAAAAUGUGUCCAGGUAUAAAAUCUCAAGCCCUGCCCCUAGUGAUGGACUUCCUCCAGAGGAGCCCCACUUCCUCCAGAGGAGGAGUCCCGCUUCCUCCAGAGGAGCCCCGCUUCCUCCAGAGAUGACCCACUUUCUCCAUAGGAGCCUUGCUUCUUCCAGAGGAGACCCACUUUCUCCAGAGGAGCCCCGCUUCCUCCAGAGGUGACCCACUCGCUUGAGAGGAGCCCCAUUCCUCCAGAGGAGUCCCAAUUCCUCCAGAGGAGCCCCACUUCCUCCAGAGGUGACCUGCUUCCUCCAGAGGAGCUCCGCUUCCUCCAGAGGUGACUCCCUCCAGAGGAGCCCCACUCCCUCCAGAGGAGCCCCACUUUCUCCAGAGGAGCCCCACUUCCUCCAGAGGAGUCCCACUUCCUCCAGAGGAUCCUCAGUCCCUGAAGGUUCCACAACCCUCUAAAACAACAGCCCUAGCAGGUCACCAAGUAUUGAAACAAGCCUGGGAAGGGCAUUUCACAUUCAAGCUACAGCAAGCAUCUGUCAAAAACUGGGACAAGAGGUUUUGUUUUUUUUUUUUUUUUUUUAAACAGGACAGCAGUUUAAUGCAAGUGUCAAGAUGUCACAGGUUUUAGAUCAUUCAUGCUUUGCUAGUUCAUGAAUUUCCUUACCAAUAUACUAUAAUUAUAAAACAAAAUUUAUGGUAUUACAUAAUAGCUCCGUGUUAGUAAGAGACGAGAUGGAAAUAACAAUGAUGUAAGAAUUAGGUUUGCAUGGUAGGGAAAAUACUAAGGUGUUCAGAAAGAAGUCUCGAUUUUCUGUUUUGUGGUGACCUCAUCUGUGUUACUGCAAAGCAAAAAUAGAGAAUGCCUUACCUAAUCAUACAAGUACUUUUUACUCCCUAAGCAAGUCCUUAAUUACACUUACUUUUCUGGAUCAAGGGACAAGAGUUCUUACUUUACUCACUUCCUUAUUCCUUGGGGAAUGGGGACAGUGCAGGGUCAAAUUCUGAACUCUUCCUGGGCCAGGCAAGCAUUCUACCUCUGAGCAGAUCCUCAGCCCACGGCCUGCGGUUUCCUUGAAUCGGCAGUCUAAAUAGGCCAAUCAGAGAAGAUCAGCAGCAGUGUUUCAGUGGGCUCUGGAGAUUCCGUUUUCGAGGUCAAUGUGUAAGGAAUGCCAAGACAUUUUGAAAUGUUCUGUAAUUCCCAGAAUCCUCACGGUCUUGUACUGUCAAUCUCUUGCUACGGGGCUCUUAUUUUGGCAGAAGCCAUCAGGCGAUAUUUUAUGGUCUCUUAUUUUCAGAGUGUACAAAGAGUUCACACAUGUUUGAAAAGUUGCGUAGUGUUCAAGUAGCUCAACACCACUAAGAAAGAGAAUGGAUGUGCUGAGCAAAUAAAUCGCCCGGCCAUCCACGCUAACCAGGGAUGUUGUGGAGAAGAGCUUCAUGAAAGAGUGUAUUUGGAUGUAGACAGAUGUUUUCACUGUUUGACUUUACCAGUCAGCUGGAUUAAGGAAUGCUAGUGACACAUUUGUCUGUGCCUAUAAGACAUUAUGGAGUGAGUUUGAAGAAAGCUGUCUGCGAGACUUGACUGCCUUCUGGGUCUACUCUGAGGCACCUACUGAGGCCCCAUUUGUCUCAUCCCCUGAGAUGUGAAUCUACAAAUGAAAACGAGAUGCUUUUCCAGCCGAGUUUGUCCAGCAUGAUGUCUGCUGCAGCAGCCAAUGGUCCAUUUCAAAAGAGAAGUGAGACGGAAUGACAGGAAGGCUCUGAGAGGCGCUACUGGUUAUGAAUGCAUUCCAAUUUGAUGUGCUUGCUCUGCCUGUUGACUUUCUGACAAGUGUGUAUACUGCUGCGUUUCACUGGUCUGAAGAUGCCUCUUUCCCUCACACUUUAUGCAUAUCUGAAAUAGCCUAUGUUUUACAGUCGAUGAUCGUUUAAUACCGUGACAAAUUAUAACUGACAGCAGGUUUUUGUAUACAGAUUAAAGGUAAUAUGAUUUACAAUCAGUGUUUUAUAUUAGUGAAAAAAACAGUAGCCACUUCAGUUGUGGAUGUUAUAUUAAUUUUAAAAACAAUUUUAAAGAAAAGACUAUUUGUUUGUUUAUUUAUUAUUUCGAGAUGGGUCUUACCAUGGCACCCUAGCCUUGUCUCAAGCUCUGGGACUCAAGCAAUCCUCCUUCCACAGCUGUCUGAGUUCCCGGGGCUACAGGAAGGUAUUGCAACAUUUCCUGUCCUUUAAUGUGAAUUUUUGUCUGUGUUCAGAUAGAAUUUGUAGGCAGUGUGUUCCAAUACCUUGACAAUAGAAUGAAUCCGUGUCUAUUUGUGUUCCAGUGGGGUUAGUAACACUUUGUUUUACUACCUUGCUGGGAGGGUACAUUUGCAUACAGAGUCAUAUUCAGAGAUCUGUAGACACCUCGUUCUCUUGCCUUACAUAUGAGGGCUGUAGAUGGAUCUUUUUGAGCACUUAACUACCUCAGUAAGACAUAAUAGGUCUGGGACUUGCUGUUCCUAGAUUUGAUUUUUCACUGGUUUUGAAUAGUAAUCAUAUUAUGAAAACUGUAAACAUUUGACGACUUUCAUUUACAGCUAGGCAAUCUGUCUAAGGGUUAGAAUGUUUGUGUAACCCACUGUACAGUGUUCCACCUGCGUGGGGUUUAAAGUAACAAUGAGAAGGAGGAACAAUGACCAUGGGUCAGAGGAGAAAGGCUGCUUCAUAUUAAAUAUGAUAAAACAUAUGCGUGCUAUCCUUAAUGAAUGGGCAGGAUUGAGUGGGUUUGUUUACUCAUCCCAAGUUUUAUGGUGAAUGGCUUUUAAUUCUAAUCUGAUGGUGGCGUGUUAUUUUCU